CCUUCAGACGUCCAUGUUCUCCAGUGGAUGCAUGGCUGUGUGGGCGAUGUCCAGCCCGACGGCUCUCUCACAUUUGUCACCGGCAUGGACAUGUACAACUACGAUGGAGACGACUUCCUGUCCUUUGAUGAUACAAACGGCGUCUGGAUCGCCCCGGUUGAAGCGGCGCUGCCAACCAAGAGGAAGUGGGACGGCGUCCAGGUCCUGAAAGAGUACACCAAGGGCUACCUGGAGAAUGAGUGCAUGAAGUGGCUGAAGGAGUUCAUGGAGUUCGGGCAACAGCAGCUGAAAGAAGUCUCUCCACCUGAGGUGUUCGUGUAUACAUCGAAGUCCAAAGUGGAGACCAAUGUGGUUCUGAAUUGCAUGGCCACAGGCUUCUACCCAAAAGACAUCAUUCUGCAGAUCAAACAGAACGGCCGUGUCCUGGAAAAACUGGACGGGGUGGAGAGCUCAGGUGUUCGUCCAAAUGAUGACGACACCUUUCAGAGGAAAGACCAUGUGGAGAUUUUGAAGACUGAUGUGUUGACCUACAGCUGUCGAAUCAUUCAUAAAGCAUCUGAUAUAGACAUUGAGCAUCUUUGGACUGCAGAUUCCAAGACGGGUAUCAUCAUCGGCGCAGUGAUAGGGUCAAUUGUGGUUGUUGGUGCUGUUGUGGGGCUGAUCUUGUACAAGACGGGCAUUCUUGGUAGGUUCAGCAUGCUGUAUAAUCCCUGUCUUUAUCAACAGUGGUGUGAAAUAUAUUGUUUCAGAUUGUUUUUCUAUCAUGUGACAGACAUUACAAACAGAGCUGUAAAGUGCUGUGCUGUAGUGUGUGUUUCACACCAACAUUUAAGCUACUUGGAUAGAAUCAUUGAUAUGUAA